GGGAGGGCGCGGAUAUGCGCACGCUCGGGCCAGUCACGUGGCUGUCCGGGCCGGGCUAGUCUAACAGGAAGUGUCCCGGGGCGUGAGGAGGCGGCCCUCUGAAGCCAGCCGCGGCGGGGACCCUGACCGGGAUUCUGCAAGUAAAUCAUUUUUAAGUUACUCUUUACAAAAAUCUUGGCAAAUAAAGUUGGAAAGCGAUAUUCCUUUAGCCUAUUUUAUGGAAAGUAAAUCUAAAGUAUUUGAAGAGGAUCCCUUAAUCAAGCAGAAAUGCAGAGUACUUCUAAUCAUUUGUGGCUCCUGUCUGAUCUCCUUGGGCAAGGAGCCACGGCAAAUGUCUUUCGUGGAAGACAUAAGAAAACCGGUGAUUUAUUUGCAGUCAAGGUAUUUAAUAGCAUAAGUUUCCUUCGUCCUGUGGAUGUUCAGAUGAGAGAAUUUGAAGUCUUAAAAAAAUUAAACCACAAGAACAUUGUCAAAUUGUUUGCUAUUGAAGAGGAGACAACCACAAGACAUAAAGUACUCGUUAUGGAAUUUUGCCCAUGUGGUAGUUUAUAUACUGUUUUAGAAGAACCAUCUAAUGCCUAUGGAUUACCAGAAUCGGAGUUUUUAAUUGUUUUGAGAGAUGUUGUGGGUGGAAUGAAUCACCUCCGAGAAAAUGGAAUAGUACACCGUGACAUCAAGCCAGGCAAUAUCAUGCGUGUUAUAGGGGAAGAUGGACAGUCUGUUUACAAACUGACAGAUUUUGGUGCUGCAAGAGUAUUAGAAGAUGAUGAACAAUUUGUUUCUUUGUAUGGCACAGAAGAAUAUUUGCAUCCUGAUAUGUAUGAACGAGCAGUGCUAAGGAAAGAUCAUCAGAAGAAAUAUGGCGCAACAGUUGACCUUUGGAGCAUUGGAGUAACAUUUUACCAUGCUGCAACUGGGUCACUUCCUUUUCGACCUUUUGAAGGCCCUCGACGAAACAAAGAAGUAAUGUAUAAAAUAAUUACUGGAAAACCCUCUGGUGCAAUAUCAGGAGUACAAAAAGCAGAAAAUGGGCCAAUUGACUGGAGUGCAGACAUGCCUGUUUCUUGUAGCCUUUCUAGGGGUCUGCAAGUACUAUUAACCCCUGUUCUCGCAAACAUUCUUGAAGCUGACCAGGAAAAAUGUUGGGGUUUUGACCAGUUUUUUGCCGAAACUAGCGAUAUACUUCACCGAAUGAUAGUGCAUGUUUUUUCUUUACAACAAAUGACAGCCCACAAGAUUUAUAUUCAUAGUUGUAAUACUGCUACUGUAUUCCAUGAUUUGGUUUAUAAACAGACCAAAAUUGUUUCUUCAAACCAAGAAUUGAUCUAUGAAGGACGACGGUUAGUGCUUGAACCUGGAAGACUGGCACAACAUUUCCCUAAAACUACUGAAGAAAAUCCUAUCAUUGUAGUAAGCCGGGAACCUAUGAGCACUGUAGGAUUAAUGUAUGAAAAAAUUUCACUCCCUAAAGUACAUCCACGCUAUGAUUUGGAUAGUGAUGCUAGUAUGGCAAAGGUAAUAACAGGUGUCGUCUGUUAUGCCUGUAGAAUUGCUACUACCUUGCUGCUUUAUCAGGAAUUGAUGCGAAAAGGAAUACGAUGGCUGAUUGAACUGAUUAAAGAAGAUUAUAAUGAAACCAUACACAAAAAGACAGAAGUUGUGAUUUCUCUGGAUUUCUGUAUCAGGAACAUUGAAAAAGCUGUGAAAAUAUAUGAAAAAUUGAUGCAGAUUGAUUUGGAAGCUGCAGAGCUGGGUGAAAUUUCAGACAUACACACUAAAUUGUUGAGACUCUCCAGCUCACAGGAAACAAUAGAAACCAGUCUUCAGGAUAUCAAAAGCAAAUUGUCUCCUGGGGGUUUGUUGGCAGAUACCUGGGCAAACCAGGAAGGAACACAUCCAAAAGACCGAAAUGUAGAAAAACUGCAAGUCCUGCUAAAUUGCAUUACAGAGAUUUACUAUCAGUUCAAAAAAGACAAAGCAGAACGUAGACUGGCUUACAAUGAAGAACAGAUUCACAAAUUUGAUAAGCAGAAACUAUUUUUUUAUGCAACAAAAGCUAUGAGCCACUUUACUGAUGAGUGUGUUGAAAAAUAUGAAACCUUUUUGGACAAGGCAGAAGAGUGGAUGAGAAAGAUGCUUCACCUAAGGAAACAGUUAUCAUCUCUAACUAAUCAGUGUUUUGAUAUGGAGGAAGAGGUAUCAAAGUACCAGGACUAUACUAAUGAGUUACAGGAAACUUUGCCUCAGAAAUUGUUUACAGCUUCCAGUGGAAUAAAACAUACCAUGGCCCCCAUUUAUCCAAGCUCUAACACACUAGUGGAGAUGACUCUUGGCAUGAAGAAAUUGAAGGAAGAGAUGGAAGGUGUUGUUAAAGAACUUGCUGAAAAUAAUCAUAUUUUAGAGAGAUUUGGCGCUUUAACUAUGGAUGGUGGACUUCGGAAUGUUGAUUGCCUCUAACUUUCUGAGAAGGUUGGGAAAAAACCUUAUUCAAUUUGCACAAGAAAAAAAAUGCUUUGGGAGCAUUAAAUGUUAGUGACUGCAGAUGUCCUGUUUCUGUAUUUCAGUAUUUGACACAAGCAUGUAAAUAUGUACUAUAUUGUAAAUAUAUAAAAAUAUAUAAAUUUUUGGCUGCUGCUAAAAUGUACUUUUCUCUUUUAACAUUUAUAAUCAAGUGAGGAAAUUUACCUCUGUGAGCACUAGUACAUGGCCAUGAUAAAUAUGUAGAGAUAUUGAGAUUUCUAAGCUUCUUUGACAGAAGACUAGAUGAGCCAUAGCUUGCUCUAGCUUCUAAGGAAGAAUUUUUUAGGUGGAACCAAAUCUACUUUGUAUAUUACUGUAUUGCAUCCUUAAAAUUCAAAGAUGGAAUCAGGUUUUUUUUACUGCUGAUGAGACUUGGUUGUAAUUUGGGGGGCAAGGGCAAGAAUGGAAGAAGUUGUUUUUCUUGUCUUGGCUUUUGUUUUCUGGGAAUUGGGAAUUUAACUUGUGUAUUGCUAGGAACAUACUUUUUAGUUGGAAAAUGAAAUGACAUUUUCAGUCUACAAGUUGCCCAGGUCCCUGUUUACUCUGGGAAAAUCAUCUGAUUAUUUUAGGAUAAAGUCUAAAGCAAAAACUAGCAGUUUAAUCAUUAAAGCCCAUCCACCUCUGAUAGCCAUAAAACUUGUUAUUUCAAUACAGAACCUAAACUAGGGGCAGCUGGAAUAAAUUAAUGUAUUCAUUUCCUAUCAUCUUUUCUAUAACUGAUUUUGCUCAAUAUUUUAAGGAAGCUAGUGAAUUUACUUGUUUUAUGACAUAAAUGUGUGUAUAUGCAUAUAGUUCAUGAGAAAAAGUCUUAUUUUUUAAAAGAAAUGAUAUGGGUGAUGAUGAUAAUUGAUUCUCUUGUGUCCUUCAAGUAGUAUAGAAGUUUUCUGUCUCAUAUGCCCAGAGGUUUUGCAAACGUGGUUAAAGAUUCAUUCAUUCAGCAAAUAUUUAUUGAGCACCAACUCUGUAGGGAAUAUAGAAAAGAAGAAAAUAUAAUCCUUGCCCUGAUGGAGCUUACAGUCUAGUAAGAGGGAUGACACUAGGUAAGACCAGAAGUAAGACCACAAGUUAUAUAGGAUAAACUGUUAAAAAGAAAGAGGAGACAGAGAGGAGUUUCUUCUGAGGGAAAUGGAAAGGGGUAAAUCCAGAUGCUUUAAAGAGAUGACAUUUGAACUAAACCUUGAAGAACAGGCAAGAAUUAAGCACAGCUAGGGGAAAUGCAUUCCAGGUAAAGGAAAUAGCAUGAGCCGAGGCACAAAAACGAGAAUACUCCUAGUAAAGAAGUAGUUUGGCUAGAAUGUAGAAUGCUUAGAUAUAGAUUGGAGCCAAACUGUGGUCUCUUUAACCCCAAAAGUGUUCUCAUCAAAAGGUGUUCCAGGAGUUGCAAACUAGAGGGUUGUGCUCAGCACUUAACUUUUAUUAUUCACAAAUAAUUUUUGUAAUGAUUAGUUUUGGUCUCAGAUAUGUGAGUUGUUUUGAUCAGUCUGUGUAUGAUGAUUCCCUGACAAAAACAGCAGUGGAAAAUAAACCAAUUUUUAAAAACUGACAUUGUAUUAAGAUUUUAUUUGGGAAAAUGAUGCAUUAUUGUAUGGGGACAGUUUAAGAUACCCGUGUAUUCAUUAAAUAAAUGCAUGAGUGAAUGGCUUUAUUUGCUUAAAUAUAGUAUCAACAGCCAAUCAA